CGGGCUUGUGUGCGGACACCGGAAGGGCGGAUACGAAACCCGCAAGACGGGACCCUUGGACCCCUUCCUUCCCCAACACCCGCUACCUCUCGGUCAUGAUGCUUGACUCCACUGCAGGCAGCCGAGAGGGGGUUGGGGCGAUGGUACCUACCUACUUCGACGACAUGAGCUGUCCGUUCUCACCUCAGUCAGGGGCAUGGCAUCCACGGAGAGGUAAUGGGAUUUCAACAACCUAAUACUAAUAAUAAGUUGCCAGGUGAGUUCUCGUCCUUCUCCCCCGUUCGGUCCCUUCCCUAUCCUCGCCGCCCUCUCGCCCCGGGAAGAGGUGGUUCGAGCAUCUUCCAUUGUCCUCACUACAUUCGCUCGCUUUGGAUUGUCCCUCUCUCGAGCCAUGGCCAGAUUAUUGCUCUUCUUCUUUGCCUUAGUCGCUCACUUCCAGCUGUCUAUUCAGCAGGAAUGCAGUGUGUCGAAACCAUGCGAGCUCGGGUGCUGCUCUCGAAGCGGUUUCUGUGGUUUCGGCCCUGACCACUGCGGCGACGGCUGCCUGAGCGGGUGUGACCGCAAGGCCGACUGCAACCCAAGCACUUGGAACAGCACGAAGUGGAGCAAGUGGGAGAAGUGCCCGCUCAACGUGUGCUGCAGCAAAUCUGGCUUCUGCGGCACGACCGAAGAGUUCUGCGCGGGCAAGCCCGUAAAGCGGCCAUCAUGCAACAUCAACAACACGCCCGUGGAGCGGGUCAUUGGCUACUAUGAGGCCUGGUCGACCUCCAAGCGGCGCUGCUACAGCAUGCUGCCCGAGUCGAUCCCCUACGGGUACUACACCGACAUCAUCUUCUCUUUCGCCACCAUCGACCCCCAGACCUUCGAGAUAGAGGCCGGCGACCACAAGACGGAAGAGUACAUGCGCCGUAUCAGCACCAUCAAGCUUGUUCAGCCGGACAUCCGCAUCUGGAUCGCCGUGGGCGGCUGGUCCUUCAACGAUCCUGGGCCGACGCGGACCACCUUCAGCGACAUUGCCGGCUCGGCCGCCAACAGGCAAAAGUUUCUCAACUCGCUCGUCUUGUUCAUGAACAAGUAUGGCUUUGACGGCAUCGACAUUGAUUGGGAAUACCCAGUCGCCGAGGACCGCGGUGGCAGGGGCGUCGAUUACGAAAACUUCGUGAGCUUCAUGAGGGCGCUGAACCUUAGGAUGAAGUGGUUCCGCCGCCGUUUCGUGUCGCUCACGCUCCCGGCCAGCUACUGGUACCUCCAGCAUUUUGACAUUGUCGGCCUCGAGCCCUUGGUCGACUGGUUCAACAUAAUGACCUACGACAUGCAUGGCUCGUGGGACCUGACCAACAAGUGGACCGGACCCUUCGCCAACUCGCACACCAACAUGACCGAGAUACAGGACGCGCUCGAUCUGCUCUGGCGCAACGACAUCUCUCCGAGAAAGGUGACGUUCGGGAUGGCCUUCUACAGCCGCAGCUUUACGCUCCAGGACCCGGCGUGCAACGAGCCGGGCUGUCGCGUGAGCUCCGGAGGCAACGCCGGGCGCUGCUCGGGUACGACGGGUGUGCUGCUGCACCCCGAGAUCGCAGACGAGAUCCGCACACGGGGCCUCAUGCCCACGCUGUAUCGUGGGGCCGCCGUCAAGACGGUGAGCUGGGGCGACCAGUGGGUUUCGUUUGACGAUGUCGUGACGUGGCGGCUCAAAGUCAACAUCAUCCGCAGUCAGUGCAUCCCCGGCGUCAUGGUGUGGGCCAUGAGCCAGGACGACGAGGAGGGCACCAACAUCAAGGCGCUCACUGCGGCCCUGGACCGCAAACAGAUGCCUGAGCCCAACUUCAGCAAGCCCAACAACACCCAGCCCGUCGCCGAUCUUGCGCCCCCUAGGCUGUGUCGGUGGUCGGGCUGCUACGCUGACUGCCCGCCCGGCUUCAAGACGGUGCAGCGCUUUGGCCAUGAGGAGGUGAUGCUCACCGAGGAGAACUGCAUGGAUCAAGGCAUGUCCAGGUUGUGCUGCCCGGCGGAUCAGCCGCUGCCUUCGUGCGGGUGGAACGGCCACAGCAAUUCGGGCAAGUGCACCCCUGGAUGCGCGCCCGGCGAGGUCGAGGUGGGCACCCUGACCUACGGCUGCAGCUCGGGCUAUCAGUCGGCAUGCUGCACCAACACCACCUCCACGGCGGCGUACGGUGUGUGCAAGUGGACGGGGUGCGGCGAGUCCUGCCCCAGCGCACUGCCACACAAAGUCGUAUCUGCGUGGAUGGGCUCCGGGGGAAUGCCGCACUGCGAUGUAGACAAGUUGCGCUCCUUCUGCUGCCCGGACCCCCCGCCGGCCGAUUUCACCGACUGCUCGUGGGUCAGCGUCAACGGAAGCCAUUACAACUCAAAGUAUUACUGCGAGGACACGUGCCCCAGCGACCAGGUCAAAAUCGCAACGGAAACAGCUGGUGGCUUCACCGGCUUCGGUAACGGCUGCUUUGUCGGCGCCCGGGGUUACUGCUGCAAGCAACCGCCUCCGCCUGUCGUGCCGCGCGACGACGACAACGAGGACCCGUUCGGCGGAAAGCAGAACAAGGAGUUCCAGGGGCUCUUGGAGGAGUACAUGGAAAAUCCCACCUGCCCUGCCACGAUCCUGGUUCCGGAACGGAGCAGCUGGUUCAGGGACUCGAAGCGCCGCUCCCUCUCGGCGGAGACUGCAGAGCUCGGCAUCCUCCAGAGCCGGGCGACGGAGUGCAAAGAGGACCACUUCACACGUUUGGUGGCCUUCGGAGCCGCCAUGCUCACCAUGUCAACCAGCAUGCUGGAGCCGCUGCGGGUUGUUUACGACGAGCUGUUCGCAGACCACUUUGACUCCGAAUUGAGAGCGGACAGUCUCAGGUCAUACUAUGAGAGCAUCCUCAACCUCGAUCCGAACGGGCUGAUGCAGUACGUCUUUUUGAACCCGGUCCAAGCUGGUAGGGGCAUCUGGCGAGACCGGCAGACCACCUCCGCCUUCUGCCAGGUCGAAUCCACCUCCACGACGAGGAAGCGUCAGGGGUUGGACGCGUCGGGACAGUCUUCGGCUCUCCUCGCGCCGCGCAUUGUGGAGUGGUUGCCCAGCAGUGCCGGAGUACCCGACUUUGGGACCGUCGUUCAGGGCAUACUGAACGGAGAAUUGAGCCUGCACUAUGCCCGAUGGGUGUACCUGAGAAACCAGGGCGGCCCAAUGCUCGAGCUGGCCUAUUGGAUAGGGCCUGUCCCGGGCCAGCCGGGGGGCAGCGACAGGUACCGGGACAACACUAGACCGACCAACGGCAGGCCAGAUCGCUGGGUCGUGGUGCACCUACACAUCAAUGAGCGGACAAAUUGGCUGAGGAGCUUCAACGGCCGCACGUACGUCGGCAUCCAGUCUGUCCAGAUAUUCCACGGCCAAGAAACCAACGAAAUCGAGGGACAGGGCGCGUGGCGCGUCGACAACACCGGUAGCCGGUCAACGCGCCGCGGCUACAGGUGCCCGGAGAACACGCUCUGGUAUUUUGGCGCCCCCGUGGCGAUACCGGGCUCGAGCCCCGCGGACGAGGCGAUGCGGCAGUACUGGCAGAACCUGCGUGACUGGGCGCUGCGGCUCUUCAACAGCGGCUACGUGGCCAGCCCUGGCCUCAGUCUCAUCCUGCGCAAUCCUGUGAGGUUGAUCAAUGGAGACUACGACCCCAGCAGCCGCACACUAUUGGGGCAGGGCGAGAACCAUCCUGACUACCAUCAGAAUAUGUGGUUGAUCAACUGGAUCAUUACAGGUCUAAACCCGUUGUUCUUUGACUUCGGGCCCGCAGAUCCAGAUGCCUAGCUGUAGCGGCGGGCAGGCCGGGAGGGCCGCAGUUUCGGGCACCUGGGUGUUGCGGGAGCGACAGAGUGGCCAAAGCCCGGCGUCCGCGGUGGCUUAUGGUCCUGAUGUAGGCAUAGUAACACCUCCGACGGCGUUGAUAGUUAUGUAGUUGACCUUGGAUAGAGUCUUGUAUUGUAUUGUACAUACAAUCCAGCCCUGUUUUGUUGAUUUACGUGGAAGAUACUUGGGGUCCGAGCGGGUUUUUGCCGAUGGCCCCCCCCAUAGAGGGAGUGCAAAAAUUCGGAGAUAUACACUAACGUUAAGCCUUAUAAUAAGAGCAACUAAGGGACUACUAUAAGCUCGGCAAUAGCACGC